AUCAUCCACACGUUCGAGUACUAUUGUUCAUAACUAGCAGCUCAGCCUGCCACCGAACUUCAUACAUGGCGGCGAUGGCCAGAAUGGACGUUACGGAGACCUUUCACCACAUUAAAUUCUGCGGACACCUGCACACGCAGGAGUCAUUGCGCUUCGCGCAGAACUUUGAUUUUCUGGACUCUGAUAUUUUGAUUGCAACGUAUCCGAAGUCUGGUACUACAUGGAUGCAGCAGAUUGUGUCCUUGUUGCUUAGUAAUGGAAACCCACAACUGGUAGAGACCAUCCCAAACUGGGCACGAGCACCCUGGCUGGAGCAGUAUUACUUCAAAGAUCUCUGCAGAGUCUUGCAAAGCCCGAGGAUUCUUUCCACGCAUCUCCCUUAUGAGAUACUGGCACCUGCACUUCAGGGCUCUAGAACAAAGGUGAUCAAUGUAAUAAGAAACCCAAAAGAUGCUGCAGUGUCCUACUACUUUUUCCAUAAAAUGGCAAACUUUCUACCAGACUACAGUACCUUUGAUGAGUUCCUCAACAGUUUUUUGGACGGAACAGUGCAUUAUGGAUCCUGGUUUGAUCACGUGAAGGGCUGGGAAGGGAAUGCAAAAAAUCUGAACAUUUUCUACAUCACUUACGAGGAGUUAUUUCAGGAUUUGGGAGGCUCACUGGAAAAGAUAAGCCACUUCCUGGAGUGUUCACUGUUACCCGAAGAACUGAGCAGCGUGCAGCGGAACUCUACUUUUGGAAGCAUGAAGGAUAACAGCAUGGUGAACUAUACCCUUAUACCUAACAACAUCAUGGACCACAGCAAAGGUCAAUUCAUGAGGCAAGGCAAAAUUGGAGACUGGAAGCAUCAUUUUACCAGCAAGCAGAACACAAAAUUCAAUGAUGUAUUUAACGUGGAAAUGUCUGACUCAAAGCUCGAGUUUGUCUGGGAAUGAUGGACCUGCUUUAACGAGACGGAUACCUUAUGGACACAAUGUACAGAAUUUUAUAUUCAAUGGAGGACUUUUUUUGCAGACUUGCACACCCUGUAUAUAAAUACACACACACACAUAUAUAUAUGUAUAAAUCUUUAUAUAUUUUUCAAAUACUUAUUAAAAAAAGCUAUGUUCAUUGGUCCUAAGUAUUAUUACAUGAGGAAAAGAGAGUAUUGGGUGUUGAAUAAGCAAACGCCAAUACAGGUUUGUUUAACAUUUGGUGCCAUGUGGCUCUGCACAUUUUGACAAACUGCUUUGGGCUGGAGAAGCCCGUAAGCAGGAAACAGCUGCAGAGAUGGUUGAAAUCAAACCUGUUAGCGUAAAGGCAGUAGCUGUGCAUUGGGAUUUGCAAUAUGUAAAAAAAAACAAUGUGGAAGGAAAUUUAUGUUCUCGUUCAUUGCUUUGGCAAAUCAUCAUACACAUAACCCAGUAAGUUGUGUCAGUUAGUAUAGUGCCUUUUGUAAUGCUUCAAGAGCAGCUGCAUGUAGAAAUACGAUACGAUAAAAAGCAACUGCUUAGCUAUUACACAAUAUAAUCAGACGUACAAACAUGCACGCUAGCAGAAGCAAAUUGAUUCACAUACCUAAUUAAAUAUGAAAACAUAAAAUAACAUGUUUUGAACACCAUAGUCUGGAGCUGUGAGGCAGAUAGCCACUGUGCUAUGCAUCUGUCCAUGUAUUGUAUAUACUGUAUAUUUUAAAAUGGUCAGGUAGUCUGCUUGGCACCUUUACUAACUUUAAUACAGGAGGCCAGUUUGUAUACCUAA